UGUGACACUGAGACCCUGACACUUACCCCAAGAUGCUACUGCUGCUGCUGCUGCUGCUGGCCCUGCUGUGGGCAGGGUCCCUGGCUGAGGAUCAAGGAUUCCGGCUGCAAGUGCAGGGGUCUGUGAUGGUGCAGGAGGGCCAGUGCAUCUCCGUGCCCUGCACUGUGAUGUACCCCAAGAUAGGCUGGACUGAGUCUGCCCCAGCUCAUGGCUACUGGUUCCAGGAAGGGGCUGAACCAAACUCGGAUGCUCCUGUGGCCACAAACAACCCUAAUCGCAAAGUGAGGGAUAAGAACAGGGCCCGAUUCCACCUCGUUGGGGACCCCCGGACCUACAACUGCUCCCUGCACAUCAGAGAUGCACAGAAAAAAGACACAGGGAGAUACUUCUUUAGGGUGGAGAGAGGGUCCUAUGUGAAAGAAAGUUACAUAAACAACAUUCUGUCUGUUCAUGUGACAGAAAAGAAAUGGGGUCAAGGUGAGGACACAUGGCUGAGUCCUGAGGGCUCCUGGGCUGGGAAGGAACCUGAUUCUCCUCAUCCUGGGGUGGACUCAGGGCGACUGAUGGGGACUGGAUCCUAUCUGGUACCUGACAUCCACAUCCAGGGGACUCUGGAAUCUGGACACCCCAAAAACAUUACCUGUACAGUGUCAUGGGCCUGUGACAGAGAGACACCACCCAUCUUCUCCUGGAUGGGAACCAACCUCACACCCCUGGGUCCUGAGACUCCCAACUCCUCAGUGCUCACCCUCACACCAGGGCCCCAGCACCACGGCACCAACCUCACCUGUCGGGUGGCCUUGCCAGGUGGUCAGAUCAAGGAGAAGACUGUCCAGCUCAAUGUGACCUACCCCCCACAGCUGCAGGGACCCUCCUGCUCCUGGGAGGAUGAGGGUCUCCACUGCAGCUGCUCCUCUCGAGCCCAGCCAGCCCCCUCCCUGCACUGGUGGCUGGGGGAGGGGCUGCUGGAGGGGAACCACAGCAAUACCUCCCACACAGUCACCUUCCACUCAGCAGAGACCUGGGCCAACAGCUCCCUGAGCAUCUAUGGGGAGCUUACGUCCAACCUCAGGCUGGCAUGUGAGGCCCAGAACACCCACGGGAAAGAAACAGUGACUGUCCUGCUGCUGCCAGGGAGACCAGGACAAAGGACAGAAGUGAUUCAGGGGGUUGUCGGGGGAGCUGGUGCCACAGCCCUGCUGGCUGUCUGCCUCGGCCUCAUCAUACUGAGGAUCUGCAGGAAGAAACAGGCAGAGAAGGCAGAGAGCCAGGAAGGCAUCUACCAGGGUCACCUGAAUGCAUCCUCCUCCCACCACCUGCCCCCAGCACAGGCUGCCUCCCCCUCAGAGCAUGAGCUCCACUACGCUGCUCUCAGUUUCCACAACAUGAAACCACACAACCCUCAGGCCCAGGAGACCCUGUAUUCUGAGGUCAAGAUCCGGAAAUGAUGGAGCACCCCCGCCUGCAGGAGCUGGCUGGAGCCCAGAAAAGGUAUCUCCAAAAGGAAAGGUGUGUCAGGAUCCGAUUCUUAAACAGCUAACAGCCCUCUGAGCCAAAGGUCAUGAAUGGAAACAUGAAGUUCCUGGGAGUGGCUGAAGUGGCAGAGAUUCCUGGGUUUGAAUCCAGGCUCAGCUACUUCCUGAGGGUGUUCCAGCAGGCAAGUCACUUACCUCUGUGUGCCU